AUGCCGUUGUUCAGACUUCCCAGGUUCGAGAGGGCCGCAGCUUGGGUCAGUGAGCAUGGAUCCGGGUUGAGUACAAGCGCGGCCCUGGAGCUUUACGCGUGGUACAAGCAGGCAACCUGUGGCGAUUGCCAGGGGAGUCAACCUUUCAGCAUGCAGGGUGCGGCCAAGUGGGAUGCUUGGAACCAGGUUAGAGGUUAUGCGAAAGAGGUGGCCCAGCUUGCUUACGUCAAGGCUCUGGAGCAAUACGCUCCGGAGUGGAUAUCUGGAGGAGCUCUUGAAGAAACUGGAGCUCCACCAGACAGAGGUGAUGGCUUAUCUAUGGGCCCUACCGUGAGCACUUUGGGUUACAUCGGCUCCGGGAACCCGGCAGAUGUAGACGAGACGCCUGCAGGGCAGCUUUGCCAGAAAAUCGCAGACGGGGCAGUGGAGGAGGCGUUUGCACUGCUUCGUCAGUUCCCCAAGCUUGCAACAGAGGUUGACAAGGAUGGCAUGCUUCCGCUGCAUUGGGCUGCAGAUCGAGGAGAUGUGGAAAUGGUCAGUUUCCUGCUGGGUAUCCCGGACGUGAAAGCCCACAUCAGCGAGCAAGAUUCAGGUGGUGACACCCCGUCGGGCUCUUGUCUGUUCAUGGCGGAUGUGUUCAUCCCGUUCGUGCUGCUUUCAUUUUGCAUCUUUGCCCGCGGGUGA